AGGCCCCUUGUGCCACAAGAAAACCACGGAAUCAGUGGCCUUCCCCGGUCUCCUUUUCCUUUCCACUCUGCUCCAAACGCCAAUGCUGACUCCCCUCCCCCCGGACACGCAGAAGCAGAGCUCUCUCCCUCUCUCUCCUUCGGUCUCUCUCCUUCGGUCCUUCCUUUCCUCUAGACCUCGACAGUCCCCCUCCCUCUGAACAGGAAGAGUCGCCCAACUUCCUUUUCGACCAAGAACCGGAGCUCACCCCGCGAGGCACGGAGGCAUAGCUUGAUAGCUGCGCCCGGUCGCGUCGAUCUCGCUCCCGAACCCGAUCUCGCCGUCGCGUCGCGUGCACCUCUGCUACACUUAAGCCGCGGGUCAAAGGCGCCGGCGGUGAUUUUGCCAAGAGCCCAGGACUCUGAGAGCCAGGAGGACUCUGCUCUGAUUCAGCUGAGAAGAACUGCGGUGCAAGGGAAAGAUUUUGCGUCCGAGUUCGGGAGCGCGGCGAUGCGGAUUGGAAGGUGUUGAGGAGCUUCAGGUGUGUGCGCCAAUCCUCUGCCCGCUACGUUUCACUCAUCUCCAGCUCUGAAUCCUCUGCUCGGCUGAUUUGACAGCGUUCCUUUGUUUGUCAGAGCAAAUUCAUGCUCCUCAUUUUUUGAUCGAUCCCUUCGGUAGCGUGAGAUUUUUGGCCAUCGGCAGAGCGACGUGCCUUCACGGUUGGAUUCAGCUUUCUCUUUCCACGUUCUUUUCCGUCCGCGAUUUUUUAAAGCAUCCCAAGGAAUUUUUAGCUCACCACCGUACCGAUAGUGAUGCCCAUUGCUUGGCAAACAAAGGUACCAGUGGUCAGUAGCAUUCCGCCGGCCGGCACCGGCAGAAAUCCGUGCAUAUGGUGACAUUAGCUACGUAACAUGGAUGACACCAAAUCGUUUAACUUUUGAUCAUUCCUUACUUAUUUUAUGGCUUCUUUGGAGCAGACCAAAGUUGCUUUUACGCCAUGCCUAAGUUUAACUGAAAAAGUGUUGAGAAAUAAAAUUAUAAAAAGGCAGCUUUGGCAAGUGACGCCACUUGGCCAUUGCACCUGGGAAGGGCCAGGGACAUCCGGAUAGGAGUGCCAUGGAUGCUUCUUGAUCCAUCAGCUAGGUUCUCCCUCGUACCUUCAGACAGAGUUCAGAGCUUCAGGCCAUUGCUGUUGCAGUUGUCACCAUGUUCUGUGUCCCACGGUUCACCGUGGUCCAAUCCAGCAUUGAAGAUUGCAAUUCCGUUUUACCGAACUGCAUCCAGCUUUGUACCAUCCUAGUAAAUGAAAUCGCAGUAUCUUCCUUCCAAGAUGGUGCCACGGUGAUAUCCAGUUACGGUUCUUGCAGCCAUAAAGAUUGUUACACGUCGGCGACCAAUAGUACAGUAGGCCUACCAUGUUUGACCCUCUGUCCCAGCUUCUGAAACAUCGGUUCUGCAGUCAAAAACUCGCGAGCUCCUUUUCUUUUGCAAGAGAAAAAAAAGAAGUCAAAGAAACGGUCAGUCAGUGACGGCGGAAAUCAGUGACUUGGUCAUUUUCGCUGUGCCGCUGUGGGUUGACAAAUUUCGGGGAGUUCGCCGGAGAUGCCUCCGAAUUGCAGCUUGGACGACGGGCACGAGAUCGUCGAGGUCGCCGGCGAGCCCGGUGCGCCGUCGGGGACAAUGCGGCUGAUGGACUUCAUCCCCAUCGACAUCUACAUCCCGUCCGUGGAGCGCGGCGCGCUCCGCAAGAGCCGGCGCAGGCGGCGGUUCCUGGACUUCCUCCGCGCCCACCCGUCCAAGGACUGGUUCCUCCGCUCCACCUUCGUCGGCCGCCUCCACCGCGGGGCGUCGCCGGGGGGAACAGCCGAGGAUAGCGACAGCGGCGGGCUCCGCGGCCCGCGGUUCCGCGUGCCGUUCGUGCGGAAGAUCAAGUGGGGCAAGCUGUGGAGCUACGCGGCGAGCUGGUGCAAGAAGCCCGAGAACUUCGCGAUGAUCAUCUGGCUGGCGUUCGUCGCCGCCGGCCUGCUCCUGCUGUUCAUGCUCAUGACCGGCAUGCUCGACAGCGCCAUCCCCGACGACGAGCGGCGCAAGAAGUGGACGGAGGUGACCAACCAGAUCCUGAACGCGCUCUUCACCAUCAUGUGCCUGUACCAGCACCCCAGGAUCUUCCACCACCUGGUGCUGCUCCUCCGGUGGCGCCCCGACGGCGACCGCGAGGAGAUCCGGAAGGUGUACUGCCGCGACGGCGCCGCGCGCCCGCGCGACCGCGCGCACAUGCUCGUCGUGGUGACCUUGCUCCACGUCACCUGCUUCGCCCAGUACUUCUGCUGCACCCUGUUCUGGAGCUACAACCGCAAGGACCGCCCGGACUGGGCGCUCAACAUCGGCUACGGCCUCGGCACGGGGUGUCCGAUCAUCGCCGGACUCUACACGGCGUACAGCCCACUGGGACGGAAGCAACCCGACGAAGCAGACACCUCGUCGUCGUCGUCUGCCGAAGCAGGGCUGGAGCAGAGCGGCGACCGGGCCGGGAACGACAGCCGGCAGGACGUGGAGAUCAAGGUGUACAACCGGCGCGUGGUGGUGAGCAGCCCGGAGUGGAGUGGCGGGCUGUUCGACUGCUGCGACGACGGGACGGUGUGCGCGCUGUCGGCGACGUGCACGUUCUGCGUGUUCGGGUGGAACAUGGAGCGCCUCGGGUUCGGCAACAUGUACGUGCACGCCUUCACCUUCAUCCUGCUCUGCGCCGCGCCGUUCCUCAUCUUCAGCGUGACGGCGCUGAACGUCCACGACGACGACAUCCGCGACGUGGUGGCGGCCGCGGGCGUGGUCCUGGGCCUCUGCGGCUUCCUCUACGGCGGUUUCUGGCGGUCCCGGAUGCGGAAGCGCUAUAAGCUCCCGGGCGGGCGCGGCUGGUGGUGGUGCGGCAGCGCGGCCGUGGGCGACUGCGUCAAGUGGCUCUGCUGCUGGAGCUGCGCGCUGGCGCAGGAGGUGCGGACGGCCAACUUCUACGACGUGGAGGACGACCGGUUCGUGGCCGUCGUGGGCGCGCGCGACGGGGAGGGGCGCCCCGUGCUGGUGCCGCUGCCGCGGGAGGCGUCCGCCACGACGCACGCGCCGCGGAGCAUGUCGUGCCCGCCCAAGCUCGACGGCGCGCCGGGCGGCGACGGCGGUGGGGUGACGAGCUCGUUCGCGAUGGAGAUGGCCGCCGUCGCCGCAAUGGGGAGGUCGGCCACGUACCACCCCAUGAGGGCGCCGCUGCCUCCCGUGAUACAAAUGGACCGAGAAGAAUAGGCGGACAGUCCACUCUACUAGAUCGUAUUCGGAAACUAUAUACACGUGUCGUCGCUGUGUUCUUGUGUAGAAGUAGUAAUUCGUCGAGGUACCCUGUGUUGUAUGAUAUAUAUACGGAUUUGUUUGUUUUUUGGUGAAGAAAAAUUAGAGUAAUUUUCGGCCA